AUGAAACAAACUCUUCCAGUGCUUGCCCAUUUCGAAAAGAGUUCAGAUGAAAUUGCGAAAUAUUUUGCAUUAAAGUAUGGAAACAAUUACCAUAUAAUAAAACAAUUACAAAACCAAAGGAAAUAAAUUGAAACUCCUAUGUUAGAGGCUAAAAGAACAUUAAGGACAAUAGAAUAAGAAUGUGAUGGACUCAAGAGAAGCAAUUCCAAAUAAUCAGAACGCAUGAAAGCAACAUCUACUUUCAAUUUCUCUAGACCUGGUAGUUAAUUUGAUACAUUCAUUCAGAGUACUCAACAUUUUGACUUAAAUUCUGGAUAACUUCUGCUUUAGAAUAUCAAAUAGAUUAUGGAGAGUUUGUCAACAAAAGAGGACCCUCCAAAUUUCUAAUUAUAUUGGGAAUCCGUUUAUAUGUUUAAAUGGGAACAAUAUUUACUUUGUUUUGUCAGACCUUUAACACAAAAGAUAAUUUAAGAAUCAAUAUUUUUGAGUGACAUAGUAAUUUCAUUUAUUUAAUGUUAAAUGAAAGAAAAUUUACUAAAUAAUUCUUAAGAGCAUCAAUAAGAAAUGAUAGUAUUAACAAAACUUUUAUUGGAAAAUUUCUGUCAUUUUUUAAAGAAAAUAUUGACACAAACUAAACAGUAGAAUACUUUAGUUGUACAAUUACAGACUAAAAUUGAUUUAAUACUGUGUAAAAAUAACCCUUGCAUCAGUUUUAUUUAAGAAUUAAAAAAGAAUAAUAGUUUCAUCAAAACAAUUAUCGAUAAGUUAUUAUAAAAUGAUAAUCCUAAUAUAUAGCCUGUAAUUAUUACCUGUAGAUAUUAACUAAGUCAAAUAAAGUCAUUAGAUAUAUAAACUAGUAGACCAUAAUUAGUUAAUGCAAUCUAUUUAUCAACUAGUGUUAGUUAAUAGCCAGAACAAUAUUAAUCGCCUUUGAAAACCUUAUUCAAAGUACCUCAUUAAUAAUAAUACGUGAUGCACUUAAGAUAGUCAUACAGUAAUUUAGAGCCAGUUGAAGUUCCAUUUAUUAAAACACCAUUUCAGCACUCUUUAUGUGUAAUAUUAGAUCUGGAUGAAACCCUGGGUCAUUAUAAUGAUAAGAUAGGCAAAUUCAUAAGGAGACCAGGAUUGGUUGAGUUAUUACAAGGUAUUAAAGAACACUGUGAAAUAGUGAUCUUUACAGCUGGUUUGCAGAGUUAUGCAGAUCAUGCGAUAGCAGAGUUGUAAUGUGAUGAAUACAUAGAUUAUCGAUUGUAUAGACCACACACUACUUUUAAUGGGAACAAUUUUGUUAAAGAUAUAAGCAAAGUAGGUAGACCUUUGGAGAGAACAAUAAUAGUUGACAAUACACCUACAAAUUAUGAAUAAUAGUAGGACAAUGGACUUUUGGUGUCAACAUGGAUUGAUUAAUAGGAGGACAAAGAAUUGUUUGAGUUAAAGGAUUUGAUAAUAAAAAUAGCUUAGGCAAAAACUAAAGAUGUGAGAAAAGCUUUGAAAAAAUAUAGAGAUUACAUCAGUAGACAUAAGUGA